AAUAGUAGUUGAGGGAAUGCGGACGGCAGGAUCAAGUGUCUGUUACGGGGACAAACCAACAGACUUUCUCCUCUCUCUGAGUAGAGGCGAAAACCUAAUCCCCACCUUCCAGAUCGGAGUGCAAUAUUUCUCCUUUUGAAAUACUUUCUCCCUCCUACCCCACCCUCCUUUACUUUGAGACUUGUUCUUCUCCCGUUUACAGGAAGUCCUGCAAUGAUAGAGGUCUGCUAGCCAACAUCACCAUGUUCAGCAAGAAGAAGAAACGCAUUGAAAUCUCUGCCCCCUCCAAUUUUGAGCACCGGGUCCACACUGGAUACGACCAGCAGGAGCAGAAGUUCACAGGACUGCCCAGGCAAUGGCAGGGCAUCAUCGAGGAGUCGGCCAAACGGCCAAAGCCCUUGAUCGAUCCAGUUUGCAUUACGGCCGUCCAGUCUGGCUCCCAGAAGACCAUCGUGCGGGGCAACAAAGCAUCCAAGGACGGCUCCCUGGCCUGGUUGCUGGAUGAGUUUGAGAACAUGUCGGUGUCACGCUCCAAUUCCCUGCGGAGGGACAGCCCUCCUUUCCCUCCCCGGCAUGACCACCUCUACCAGGAGAAUGGCCUGAUCGAAGCCAGGCCCCAUCACUAUCACCACCACCAAGAAGAUGCCGGUGGAGGCAGAGGCAAAGAGCCCAAGGAGCGGAACCGACACGUGGCAAAGAGCGAACCUCCAGAGCAAAGCAAGGAGCCCCGGAGCAAGGAUGACCGCACCCCCGGCAAGUCUCACCAGCCCUCCGGCCACCAUCGGCCACCACCUCCUGAGUACCACAACAAGCCCGCCCCGGACCACCACCACCACCGGCACCGAGCCCACGAUCGGGACGGGCGGAAAGAGCCCCCUGACCGUGUGGUCCGGAGGGAGCGCCCCGACGUCCCUGACAAGCGGCCCAAGUCCUCUUACACUGGGGAAGCCAGCCCGCAGUCCCCCCGGGAGAAGCGGCCCCUCUCUGGCCCCAAUAUCCGCACUCCCAACAUCCCCGUCUCAGAGGGGGUCAUGAAGACGGCGCAGCAGACUGGGCGGCCUUUUAACACUUACCCGAGAGCAGACACCGACCCCGUGCGGGGCGCUCAGGGGGAGCAUAGACCUGGGAAACCCCAAGAAACCGCCUCCAACGGCCCCCUAAGCGGAAACAUCAGCUCUUCCAGAGUCCCCCCGUCCGUCCCUCCAAGAUCCAGGAUCCCAGAGGUCCCUCACGCGGGACUCUCCCAGCAUGCCUCGGACCCCCACUUGACACACAUUCCAGGCCACCCACCCUCCUACUCCCCGCCACAGCCCCCUUCCGGUCCACCACCUCAGCAUCUGCCACCGCAACCGCAACAACAGCCUCCGCCUCUGGGCCCAUCUCCCCCAGCCCCGCAGCAGCAGCAGCACCAGCCCCGCUCCCCACAGCGCGAGCCACAGCGGGUCUCCCACGAACAGUUCCGGGCUGCUUUGCAGAUGGUGGUGGACCCGGGCGACCCCCGCACCUACCUGGACAAUUUCAUCAAGAUCGGGGAGGGCUCCACGGGCAUCGUCUGCAUCGCCACCGUCAAGAGCACCGGGAAGCUGGUGGCCGUCAAGAAGAUGGACCUGCGGAAGCAGCAGCGGCGGGAGCUGCUCUUCAACGAGGUGGUGAUCAUGAGGGACUAUCAGCACGAGAACGUGGUGGAGAUGUACAACAGUUACCUGGUGGGCGACGAACUGUGGGUGGUGAUGGAGUUCCUCGAGGGCGGCGCACUGACCGACAUCGUCACACACACGAGGAUGAAUGAAGAACAGAUUGCGGCCGUCUGUCUGUCUGUCCUGAAGGCGCUUUCGGUCCUCCACGCCCAGGGUGUCAUCCACCGCGAUAUCAAGAGCGACUCCAUCCUGCUCACCCACGAUGGACGGGUUAAACUCUCCGAUUUCGGUUUCUGCGCCCAAGUGAACAAAGAGGUGCCACGGCGCAAGUCUCUGGUUGGGACCCCGUACUGGAUGGCCCCAGAGCUCAUCUCCCGGUUGCCGUAUGGACCAGAGGUGGACAUCUGGUCCCUCGGUGUCAUGGUGAUCGAAAUGGUGGACGGGGAACCGCCUUAUUUCAACGAACCUCCUCUGAAGGCCAUGAAGAUGAUCCGGGACAACCUGCCACCGAAACUCAAAAACCUGCACAAGGUCUCACCUUCCUUGAAGGGCUUCCUCGACCGUCUUCUGGUCCGAGACCCGGCCCAGAGAGCCACUGCCAACGAACUCUUGAAGCACCCCUUCCUGGGGAAAGCCGGGCCCCCUUCCUGCAUCGUGCCCCUGAUGAGGCAGAACCGGAUGAGAUGAGAAAAGAGGCAGGCGAAGGAGGACAAUCUACCAAAGAGAAAGAAAGAGAGAGCGAGAGAGGGAGCUCCCAUCCUCCUCCCCUCCCGGCCCCCAAAAGCAGAGGAAGGGCCCGGUGCGGGGAGACUUCUCAUAUUGGGAGCCCCUUUUCUUUCCAGACUUUUUUCUUCUUGCCUGCUGUCGACACUGGAGCCUCAAGCCUCAUAUAACUGGAGCCCAUCUCCAUUCUGGACUACUGAGUUGGGGGGAAAAGUGGGGGUUGGGGUUGGACUUAUGGGGGUGCGGAGGUCUCAAAAAAAAAAGACUGUAACAUUUUGGGUUGCUGUUUAGUCCUUUAUAUCUAGGAUGGAGGGGAGGGAGCCGAAAACACAAUGCACCUCCAGGCAAAGGGCUUUUUUUGGGUGGGGGCUUCUUCUCUCCUUCCUUUUCUAUAAUCAGGAAGAGGGAAAAGGCCACCGCCACAUAAGAAACCCAGUUUUUAGGGACGUGAACGUGGAGAACAUUUAUACUUAUUUCUCUCCAAAUUGCAAGGCGGAAAAGUAAUGAUCAUCUCCCAGUCUCGGGCUGGAGAGGAGGGCAGCUUUGUGACCUGCAAAAAACCUAGAAUUCCUCUUGUUAUUUUGAACUGCCAGUUAAUAGUUCAGGGUCCUCUGCCUAAAGCCAAGAGUGUUCCCCACCUGUUUUUAAAACGGUUUCUUUUGCAAAGGUCCAGAUACCUCCAAUAUUAUUGCAGAAGCGUUAUUCCCAAACUGCCACGAAAGAAGCAAAAUCUUAGGGUAGAUAUGUGUUUAUACCAGGCAUGGUCCAACUUUGGCCCUCCAGGUGUUUUGGAUGUCAAUUCUCACAAUUUCUAGGCUAUUAAGAAUUGUGGGAGUUGACAUCCAAAACAUUUGGAGGGCCAAAGUUGGUCCAUGCCUGGUCUAUACAUAUUUCCGUUUCUGCAGAACUCCAGGAAGAUUUGGGUAGCCAAAUCUCUCUCAGCCUUCAAGCAUCCCAUAUGAGAUACCAUUGGAUUCUAGGCCAGAAUUAACACCAGCCUUUGCCUCUCUUUGCUGCCUCUUUUUCCUCCCCAAGCUUUCUGCCUGGCCCUGUCGCAACGGAGGCUUCUUGUUGCAGCUAUUAUUCCUGCUCUCUCUGCUUGCUUUGGUUUGCUUGGUGUUUGAACUUCCUAUUGUUACUGCAAAGCUAUAGUUUGUGGAUCGCUCCCAGCUUGAGGGGGGAUGAUGGGAUCUCUGGAUUCCCCUACUGGUUUGAUUUGACUCCGAAGAUGGGUUGGGUAGAUGAGGCCAUAUCUGUUAUAUUGAAAGCACCCAGCUUUGUGCUUAUCGGGUCAAAAAGAAGAAGCAUCAGUCUUUAGGUCGGAAGGAAAGAGGAGCCUGAAUGCUUCUCCGUGCUUUGAGCACAUAAAAACAAGCUCCUCCAUGGUCUCUUUUUCUCAAGACGCUGAACGGAAGCAUCAGAAUAUCGUCUGUGUUGGUAUUGAUACGAGGGCUAUCCAGAAAGUAGGCUAUGUUUUGGAUUUUAAAAAGGACAAAGUAUAGGAUAAAUUAUUUACCAUAUGCAGCUGAAAGACACAUCCCAAAACUACAAUCCCAUGUAAUCCCCAUUUAAAUUUAGCCACGUUUCUUAUAGAUAAAUAAGUUUGAAAAGUACUGCACCAGUAAAUUUGCCACCUUUCUCCUCCGUUUCCAACAAUGGGGGCGUGGCUGGCAGCACUGCGUUUUGGCUAUGCUGCAGGAAGGGAGACGGGGGAAGAGCUGACGACACAAGCGGGGAAUUUACUGGUGAAGUACUUUUCAAACUCAUUUAUCUAUAAGAAACGUGGCUAAAUUUAAAUGGGGUUUACAUGAGAUUGUAGUUUUGGGAUGUGUCUUUCAGCUGCAUAUGGUAAAUGAUUUAUCCUAUACUUUGUUCUUUUUAAAAUCCAAAACGUAGCCUACUUUCUGGAUAGCCCUCGUACAUCAUCAGGCUUGGACAAGGUUCGGCCCUCCAGGUGUUUUGGACUGAUGGUUAGGAAUUGUGGAGGCUGAAGUCCAAAACAUUUAGACGGCUGAAGUUUGCCCAUGCCUGGGAUACAUCGACCAAAAUGUCUUAAAGUGUACCCUUGUGCAAAAUGGGCAAAACCUGGAGUGCGGAAACCAUUGUUUGAGACACAACAAAUGUCCGAUGGGUCCAUUUUGGGCCGUAUCAGCGGUGAUUCUCUCUUGGCCUGUGUUCCUUGUUGUAAUAAUAAUGGCUUUGUUAGUUCACUGGAUAGGAAAGAGAUGGUUCGCCUCAGGAGGACCUUCAAAGAGUUGGAAAUGGCAUUUGCUUUGGGUGGAAAAAGAAAGCCGAAGGUGGACAUCGCCUUUGUUGCCUUUGCCUCGCAUGCCAUCGGAUGUGGUAUUUCCCUGCAUGCCGUUGUUAAUGGGGAAGGGUCUUGUUUUUCCUUUUGGGGUUUAGGGGAAGCUUCUUAUGGGUCUGUCAUGCCUCUCGUUCACUUCGGUUGAGUUUGAGGCAACGGAGAGAAGGAAACGUCUCACCAUUCCAAGUCCCAAACCGUCACUGUCUUGCUUCCUCUCUGCAUUUGGACCUUAACACAUAAAAUCUGGGCUUUCUUUGCCUUGAUGGGAUUUCCUCCUUGUCUUUCAAUCUAAUGUGUAUGUAAAGGAAGCUCAAAACUCAGUGGGUCCUGUUAUUUUGGACUCCAACUCCCAACAUCUCUAUAUCUGAGGCUGCUGGGAACUGACAAGAGACUGGAACUUUUGGAAUUCCUGGUUUAGGAAAAUGGUUUGGGACAGGCAAGAAUUGUAGAUCGGCAAGAAUAUGUUAUUUUGCAGGGAAUCCUUUUCUAAGCAAACAUUGCAGUACGCAACCAUUCUGUUUCUGUCUUUGUGUCACUGUCACAUCUCCCCAAAAAGCACAUUUUGAACUCUGCAGGUAUUGCUGCUAACGGUAACCUUCCAUUUCCCCCCUUUAUAAGCAUGUGUGCCCCAAAACGCUGCUGCUGUUGCUGCUGCUUUGGCUGAUGUACCUUCUCUGCUCUACAUGAAAAUACCAUCUUUCAAAGGCCUCUCCACGGAACCUCAAAACAGGCCUUUGAGUCUCAGUAAAGCUCCCCAAAUUUGGGAUCCGGUGCCAAUCUCCUGGCUUGCUAUCAACUUCUCAUUCCUAUUGGGAACAAAUGAUUAACUCUUAUUACUUCUUUAAGUCUGUAACAGGCCAAUAUUUGGGUCCUAGAAAACCUCUUUUCCAUAUUUGGGGUACUGAGGCUCUUUCUUGGCUUGCCACCAACCUCCAGUUCCUUUUGGGAACAAAUUUAUUAAUUCUUACUGUUUCUUUAAGUCUGAUCUUUGGGUGCUAGAAAAUCUAAUAUUCAGGCAUUUUUCCCCCUGUAUUUGGGAUCCAAGAAAGAUAUUUUGGCUUACCACCCUCCCCUCUUCAUUUUGGGAACAAGUUAUUAACUGUGUUGUCGAAGGCUUUCAUGGCCGGAAUCACUGGGUUGCUGUGAGUUUUCCAGGCUGUAUGGCCAUGUUUCAGAAGCAUUCUUUCCUGACGUUUCACCCGCAUCUAUGGCACGUGUGAGGUCAGUUUGUGUGAGGAUGUCUGCCAUAGAUGCAGGCGAAAGGUCAGGAGAUAAUGCUUCUGGAACAUGGCCAUACAGCCCGGAAAACUCACAGCAACCAAGUUAUUAACUUUUACUCUUUCUUUAAAUCUGAAAUGGGGAGAAUCUUUGGGUCCCAGAGAAGCUGAAACUCAUCCUUUUCUCCACAUUAGGGAUCCAAGUCACUUUGGGAGCCAGUUAUAUUAACCUGUACUGCUUCUUUAAAUCUGAGCCAACCUUUCCUAUGUUACUGAUUUGCAGGUAAACCUCCAUCUCAAUUGCUGCCUGACUCUUCCAUUCCCUCUUUUCCAAACAGCCAACUUUCAGGAAUCACUACUCUUUUUGUGUGCUUGCGAAGGCACACUUCUUAAAGGGCACUAACACACUUCUGAGGAUGCAAAAGCACUACACUUUCCCAGCAAGGAAAGAAACUUAAACUUCUGGGCUGUCAAAACGGGAAGGGAGGUGCCAUGCAGUGAUAAGUCAAUAUUUUCCUCACGGUUCCAAAACACUUUCCCAGUAUAGGACUGGGAUUUUUAACUGGUGAAACUGGCAUUUAGCCUCCUUGUAGCACGAAAAUUUUCUACAUCUCCACCGGCUACAAGAAUGACUACUGAUUCAUUUUGUGGGUUUUUUUGUUACCUUUUCCUUUUUUUAAAAAAAGAAAAGAGACAUUAUUUAUAUUGUAAUUUUUUCCUCCUUUUUUUGUAACACACAACAGUAUUUUUCUUUUCCCUUUUUUUGCGUUGAGGUGAUUUUUUUUUUUAAAAAAAAAUCUGUUUCCGGACAGACUGCUGUGACUAAUUCUUCAUAACGGUCGUGUUUGUAUAAAGAUCCUGGAUUUCACAUGUCAUGAGAAAUGCGCUGUGGGUUUUGUCUUUUGUUUUUAUCUUUCCUUUUAUUAUAUAAAUCUCCUUUCCAGAUGUGGGGUGUUGAACUCGGGUGGAAAGUUUUAAAAAGAAAAAAUAGUCAAAAAGUUCUAGUUUUACAAUGAACAA